AUGGACGUUACAAAGUUUCUUUCACUAUCUAUUUUAUCUAUCUAUCUAUCUAUCUAUAUAAAAGGCAGGAUUCAGUUUUAUCUAUCUAUCUAUCUAUCUAUCUAUCUAUCUAAUCUCAGUCAGAUAACUAUCUACCUGCCGGUAAAUCUAUCUAUCUAUCUAUCUAUCUAUCUAUCUAUCUAUCUAUCUCAGUUACUUAUCUGUUUUUCUAAAAAUCUAUCUAUCUAUCUAUCUAUCUAUCUAUCUAUCUAUCUAAUGUCGAUCAGUUAUCUAUCUAAUCUCAUCAGUUUUUCUAUCUAUCUAUUUAUCUAUCUAUUUUAUCUAUUUAAUGUCGACCAGUUAUCUGUCUAUCUAAUCUCAGUCACUUAUCUAUCUAUCUCUCUAAUCUCAGUCGCUUAUCUGUGUAUCUAUCGGUCUAAUCUCAGUCAUUUUUCUAUCUAUCUAUCUAUCUAUCUAUCUAUCUAUCUAUCUAUCUAUCUAUCUAUGUUACAAUUAUUAAUUUAUCUAAUUAUGUUAAUAUAUAUCUAUCUAUCUAUCUAUCUAUCUAUCUAUCUAUCUAUCUAUCUAUCUAUCUAUCUAUAUCUAAUCUCAUUCAGUUAUCUAUCUACAUAUCUAUCUAUCAAAAUAUUUAAUAUCAGUCAGUUAUCUAUCUGUCUUUCUAUCUGUGUAUCUAUCUAUCUAUCUAUCUAUCAAUCUAUCUAUCUAUAUUAA